GAGAAAAUAUAUUUAUUAUUAAGUGGAAGUGGAUCAUCAUAAAGGUCUUCAUCCUUGUCUUCAUGUUAAGUAAGCUGAGGAGGAAGAGGAGGGGUUGGUCUUUCUGUCCAGGGGAGGUGGAGGCAGAAGAAAAUCACUGCAUAAGUGGAACUUCCCAGUUCAAACCCGUGUUGUUCAAGGGUCAACUGUAUUGUAUAUACUAUAUUUACCUAAAAUUAGAUAUACUGUAUUUGUUGUUCAAGGGUCAACUGUAUUGUAUAUACUAUAUUUACCUAAAAUUAGAUAUACUGUAUUUGCCCUAAAUCCACUUCAGAUAAAGAAGAUAGGCAAAGAAUACGGCAAACCUGGUAAGCCCACGUAAAAACGCUUUUUUUUUUUUUUUUUUUUUUUGGCCUAUGGUAGAUUUGUUGAUAGACCAGCUCAAUCUUCUCAUAUUAUAAGUAUGUACUGACAAUUUUAGUAUCUUAUGUUUGUUUCUUGACCUUAGAUUGUGUAUGAGUUGGUUUUCUCCUUUCUUUUUUUUUCUUUACUUGAAAGGGCCAUGCUUGCAAGUGAAUAUUAGACAUUGCAUGAUUUUUUAAUAUUCUCUCCAGUUUUCUACACCUACCUCUGUCAUCUUAAUUUCUAUUUUCAUGCAUUUGCUCAAAUUAAAGUUGUGGAGAUUAAAUGAAUGAAUACAUGUAAAGCAUGUAGACUAGUAUCCAGCAGAUAUUAAGUGGCCAAUACUGUUAUGAUUGAUGCUGUUGUUCUUUGAUGCUUUGAUCUCCACAACCUACAUCCAAUUGGUUCACUUUCCUUCUACAAGAUGUCUCCUCUUCAAAUCUAACCUUUCUCUUCUGUUCAUCUUACAUAGUGUCACUGCUACUUGGCCCUACUAAAAUUUAUUUUUGCUCCUUACCACAUUUGCCACAAAAGUUGAUAUAAACCAUUUCCAUUCUUCUGAGAUUUAUCACCUACUUACAGAGGUUAUUAUCUACCCAAAAUCUUCUCUUCUUCACUCCACUUGAACAUACUUGCAUUCACAUUCUCUCUGUUUCAGAUAUCAACUCUUUCCUCCUGGCUCAAAAGAAGGUGCAUUCUUUUCUGACUACACCCACAUCUCUGUUUAUUAUCCAGUUCAGUUAGCAUUAGGCUCGGCUGCAAAUAGAAAAAUCUCUAAUUAACAGUGGCUUUUAACAAGGUGUUUCCCUCAGGUGAAAAAUCUAGAAGGCGGCUCUUGAGGGCUCUUAGGGCAGCUCCACGAGUUGAUUUUUCCAUCUCACUGCUAUGCCAUCUCUAAAGCAUGCAUUCAUCCUUAUGGCACAAACUUGCUGCCUGAAAACCAGCGAACCCAACUUUCCAGGAAGUAAAAUGCACUUUAAAAGAUCAGGAGGGCCGGGCAAGGACGUUUACGCCUAUAAUCCCAGCACUUUGAGAGGCCGAGGCGGGUGAAUCACCUGAAGGCAGGAGUUCAAGACCAGCCUGCCCAAUAUGGUGAAACCCCGUCUCUACUAAAAAUAUUUUUAAAAAAUUAGCCGGGAAUGGUGGCGGGCGCCUGUAAUCUCAGCUACUCAGGAGGCUGAAGCAGGAGAAUCGCUUGAACCCGGGAGGCGGAGGUUGCAGUGACCCAAGAUUGCGCCAUUGCACUCCACCCUGGGCGACAGAGCAAGACUCCGUCUCCAAAAAAAAGUCAGGGACGGCCUCCUCUUUUAGAUGCCAUCCCUAAAGACAUGCACACAAUUUAUACCUAAUUGGCUAAAACGUAGUCACGUAGCCACAUUUGGCUGCAAGAGAGACUAUAAAAUAAGCUAUUUUAAGCUGGGAAGCAAUGUGUCCAUUGACACUGUUCUGUGACUUUAAAUAAAAAAUUAGUUUUCUGUCAUAAAGAAGUAGAGACUAGGUUUGGUGAGGCACUCAUCCAUCCUUUCUCAACUCCAACAAUAAUUUGCGUUUACUCGUUUUUUCAGUCCCUUCCCAUCCCUUCAAACAUAGUUCUCUACCUUUUAUCUCAAAAGAUAACCAAAAAAACCUCUUGAUUCUGGUCAUACUCUUCCUUUCACUGUAACAAUAACAACAACAACAAAACCUUAUUCUUCUCCUUUACAAUUCUUUAACGUUUUUUUCUUUUCUGCUAUUCCCAAUCCCUAAACACCAUCUCACGUUUAGAUUAUAUAGCUUUCCACUUCGUCUCCGAGUUCCUGCGAGCACCUUAUAUCCCUUUUACCCCAACCAAGUCCUUAAAUUUUAUUUAUAUUUAGCGUCACAAUACGAGUAAAUAUUGUCUUUUUAAAAAAAGCACAACUAUCUCAAACGUCUCCCUUGGACACACCAAUGGCUACAUUAAGCUCUUUAGAACGUAGAAAUGAAAGAACGCCUCCCGGGUUCAAACGAUUCUACUGAACAAAUUAAAGAACGGAUGGCAUGUAGGUGCGUUUUUACAACUCAUGUGAACGGGUACGCUAAGGCCCUCUGUCACUGCGGGCUUCGCUGCCCCCAUGAAGGUUUUUCCCAGCAAAAAUCUGGCUUGCCUUCUACAGCUCUGAAGUACACACUUAAACCCAAGCUCUUUGUCUCUGACCGCCCUGGCCUGAACUGGCUGGGCGGAGAUUCUCGCGAAUUCUCGGAUCUGCGCGGAAAACGCGCUCGAGGCAGUUCUCUGACGCAUUUCCGGAGCGCCAGGGAAGAGGGAAGUCGUGGUGGUCGCGGGGGAGCUGGAAAGAUGGUGGUUACUAGAUCUGCACGGGCUAAGGCCAGCAUCCAAGCCGCGUCGGCUGAAAGUUCCGGGCAAAAGAGUUCUGCUGCUAAUGGGAUUCAAGCGCAUCCAGAAAGUAGUACUGGAUCUGAUGCCCGAACUACUGCUGAAUCACAGACUACUGGGAAACAAAGUUUAAUCCCUAGAACUCCUAAAGCUAGAAAGAGGAAGAGCAGAACUACAGGCUCACUACCAAAGGGGACUGAACCAUCUACAGAUGGAGAGACCUCUGAGGCAGAGUCAAAUUAUUCUGUGUCUGAGCACCAUGAUACCAUUUUAAGGGUAACUAGGAGAAGGCAGAUCUUAAUUGCAUGCUCCCCAGUGUCCAGUGUUAGGAAAAAGCCGAAAGUAACUCCAACAAAGGAGUCUUACACUGAAGAGAUAGUAUCUGAAGCAGAAUCUCAUGUUUCAGGUAUUUCUAGAAUUGUGCUUCCCACAGAAAAAACGACAGGAGCAAGAAGUAAGGCUAAAUCUCUGACAGAUCCAAGCCAAGAAUCUCAUACAGAAGCUAUAUCUGAUGCUGAGACAUCAAGCUCAGACAUUUCAUUCUCUGGAAUUGCAACUAGAAAAACCAGGAGUAUGCAGAGGAAAUUAAAGGCACAAACUGAAAAGAAAGAUAGUAAGAUUGUACCAGGAAAUGAGAAACAGAUCGUGGGUACACCUGUGAAUUCAGAGGAUUCAGAUACCAGACAAACUUCCCAUUUACAAGCAAGAUCUCUUUCUGAGAUAAAUAAGCCAAAUUUCUAUAAUAAUGACUUUGAUGAUGAUUUCUCCCACAGAAGUUCAGAAAAUAUAUUAACAGUGCACGAACAGGCCAGUGUUGAAUCUCUUAAAGAAACAAAACAGAAUUGUAAGGAUUUGGAUGAAGAUGCCAGUGGAAUAACAGAUGAGGGGAAAGAAAUUAAUGAGAAAAGUUCUCAGCUGAAGAAUCUUUCUGAACUUCAGGACACUAGCCUUCAACAGUUAGUUUCUCAGAGACAUUCAACCCCCCAAAAUAAAAAUGCUGUAUCAGUGCACUCUAAUCUGAACUCUGAGGCUGUAAUGAAAUCAUUAAGUCAAACAUUUGCAACUGUGGAAGUAGGCAGAUGGAAUAACAAGAAAAAGAGCCCCAUAAAAGCAAGUGACUUGACAAAGUUUGGUGAUUGUGGUGGUAGUGAUGAUGAAGAAGAGUCCACAGUUAUAAGUGUCAGUGAAGACAUGAACAGUGAAGGGAAUGUGGAUUUUGAAUGUGAUACCAAACUAUACACGUCUGCGCCCAACACAUCUCAGGGUAAAGAUAAUUCUAUCUUAUUAGUUCUCAGCAGUGAUGAAAGCCAACAGUCUGAAAACAGUGAGAAUGAAGAGGAUACUUUAUGUUUUGUUGAAAAUAGUGGCCAAAGGGAGUCAUUAAGUGGAGACACAGGAAGUCUGUCAUGUGACAAUGCAUUGUUUGUAAUUGACACAACUCCUGGAAUGAGUGCUGAUAAAAAUUUUUACUUGGAAGAGGAAGACAAGGCAAGUGAGGUUGCCAUUGAGGAAGAAAAAGAGGAAGAGGAUGAAAAAAGUGAAGAAGAUUCAUCAGACCAUGACGAAAAUGAAGAUGAGUUUAGUGAUGAAGAAGACUUACUAAAUAGCACAAAGGCUAAACUUCUAAAGUUGACAAGCAGCAGCAUAGACCCUGGUCUGAGUAUCAAGCAGUUGGGUGGUUUGUAUAUUAAUUUCAAUGCAGAUAAACUACAGUCUAACAAGAGAACCCUAACACAGAUCAAGGAGAAAAAGAAAAAUGAGCUUCUGCAGAAAGCCAUCAUUACACCUGAUUUUGAAAAAAACCACUGUGUUCCACCAUAUAGUGAAUCAAAGUAUCAACUUCAGAAAAAACGCAGAAAAGAACGACAAAAAACAGCAGGGGAUGGCUGGUUUGGUAUGAAAGCUCCAGAAAUGACAAAUGAACUGAAAAAUGAUCUCAAAGCACUGAAGAUGAGAGCCAGCAUGGACCCGAAAAGAUUUUACAAGAAAAAUGAUAGAGAUGGCUUCCCCAAGUACUUCCAGAUUGGAACCAUUGUUGACAAUCCAGCUGAUUUCUACCAUUCACGAAUUCCCAAGAAGCAAAGGAAAAGAACUAUUGUGGAAGAACUGCUGGCUGAUUCUGAAUUCAGAAGAUACAACCGAAGGAAGUACUCAGAGAUCAUGGCUGAAAAAGCAGCAAAUGCAGCAGGAAAAAAGUUCCGAAAGAAGAAGAAAUUUCGCAAUUAAGAUUUACCAAGCAAACUGCAACAUUUUACAUCACUCCUUUAUUUACUUAUUAAAGACAUUUUGAAAACUAA